AUGUACCUGGGUCCCCAGGCGACGGAUGCUGCACCUUCGGAACCGAGCGCUGUUGGAGCCCGAGGAGCGUUGCCCUCCGUAGUGGCCUGUUUGGUGGUCGUGCUUGUGAGCGCUGCGCUGGUGGCCUACAUUCGAUCAGCACUUCUACCCUGGCCCCACGAACGGGACAGCCUGCUGUGCCGCAGCAGUGAGUGCCUCGAUCACCGGCACCUUGUUCUGACGAAGGUGAACUGGAGCGUCAAUCCAUGCAGCGAUUUCGAAUCGUUUGUCUGCUCCAAAUGGAAGCCGUCUGCUGACCCCUACGCCUAUGGCUCGGCACUGGCCAGUCAUGCCAUCAUAGCGUGGUUCAAUGGCUUCCACACUUUGAUUACCAGAGGUGUUGACCACUUCGACACAGUCAAAAAGGCGCGCCGCAUGUUCGAAAUUUGCCUGACUAAUAAUGCCGCUAAUAGACCUUCCUCAGCUUUGCUGAGGCAGUUCAUGUUGGAUCGGAAGAUACCGUGGCCGAAUGACCCACUGCCGAGCGCAAGUCCAUUUGGCGUCCUCUUGGACCUGGCAUACAACUGGAACAUUCACCUCUGGUUUCGACUGAGGCCACUGAGGAUGCAAAAGGGAGAGUCGCACAUCCUGUUUUUCAUGACGGCUAACUUUGUCCCUAUAUGGAAUACGUAUAAGGAAGAAAACAUUCGCGUGGAGGGCGUCCUGAACUACUGGAACAAAUUUCAGGACACUUUCGCGAUGAACGAGCCGCGUCGCAGUGAUGCCGAAAUAGAGGCAAUAGACUCUGUGGAAAGGGGCGUAUUUUCCCAGCUUCAACAGCUUCUGGAGACAGAAAGCGUCACACCAGGCCGGUUCUUACUGAAAGAUAUAACCAGUGUCACAACCAGCAUGUCCUCAGCCCAAUGGAUGAAAGAACUGAACAAGAACGCCCCGGUACAGGGUGGUUAUGGCCUGUCAGACCUCAUCAUCGCAAGUGACGUAGCGCUCCUGGAAACUAUAGACAGGCUCUUCUUGAAGUUUGACCGGCGUUCUUUGUUGCUACAUAUGUCGUGGUUCUUCAUUCAAACUUUUGCCCCGCUUGAAGAGCUGCCGAAGAGUUCGGAAGAGACUUGGCCGUCUGACGUAAGGCGCCGACGGCUGUGCGCUAUUCGGGUCGAGGACUCGUACGGGUUGCUGCUGAGGUCACUUGUCGUGGUUUCCCAUUUCACGGCCGAGUCCAGAGCGGCAAUCAACAGCUUUCUUGGCCGCGUGACGCAGAUAGCCCGUGACAAGAUCUCUGCUCUGUCUUGGUUCGCCGACGACUCGUUCAGGCGCAAUGCGUCCUUGAAGCUCCAGAACACCAGGACUGUCCUCUGGCCGCCCAAGGAACUCUUGACGGAGGAAGGCCUGUCCGCUAUCUACGCUAAUUUCUCGUCCAAAGAGGCAUCGUUGGUCGGGUACUGGAUCGACGCCAUGAAAGCCACUCGCGCACUACGGGGCGAACCUAAGUACAACGACGUGCUAGACUUCCCGAUCAACUACCUUCAGCCGCUCUUUGGGUACGACUACGUUCUGAAUAAGGUGCUCAUAUCCGCUGCAGCCCUCAGCCUACCCGCCUACACUGGGCGGGGAACUAGAGCAAUGGUGCACGGCGGACUAGGUUUCUCUUACGCCCUGCAGCUGGUGAAGGCUAUCAAUCAGGGAGGCCUCAAAGUUGACGCAAACGGGAAUGUCCGCGCCAACUCGUGGGCACCAGAGGAGUGGUUCGAAGCUCUCGCCAGAAGAUCGGCAGAGUGCUCCGGAUCACCUGUGAACAAAAGCCUCUUCCCUGAAGUUCCGGCCCUGGAGCUGGCGCAUGCCGCUUACGAAGCUUCGCGCGACGACCCGCCGCGAGUCGGUCGUAUCACUAAGGUGUUUACCGAAGACCAGGUCUUUUUUAUCACCGUGUGCUUCAGCCUGUGCAACCUUCCACCCACGCUCGACUCGCUCAGGGGCGAGUGCAACAAGGCGGUCGCCAACUUUGCAGAAUUCAGCCGGGCCUUCAACUGCGGCAUCCGCGAUCCUAUGAAUCCCCAGACGAGGUGCUCUUUCUUCAAGUAG